AUAUCGCAGGGCGGGGCUGAACUCUCAGCGCUGUCAGAGAAUUUCCUCAUGGAUUUGCGGUAUUGGAGUUCUCAUGUUUGGAAUUGUGGGAAUGUGUUUAAUUUGGAUAUUGUGAUCGUCAGUGCGGUUAUGUAUGAACGACUUUUCCUUAUAACUUUUUUUUUUAUUAUUCUUCGCUGACAUCACCGUGAUUAGCACAUUCCUGUGUGAUCAGCGCAACUUCAUUUCUGCUAACUUAUUAUUUCUCAGUUAUGAUGAUGUAAACAGUCCCGCGGUAGAUUUACAAAGAGCGGGGCUCAUUGUCAAGGAUGCUUUUGGUUGGACACUGAUUCAUUUUGAUGAAAGGACACUUGUGGAUUCUUCAGGGAGGUAAACAGGUUUUAUUCCAGCAUGUCCCGGAGGAAACAGGCGAAGCCACAGUAUGUUCUCAUCGAUCAUACAGUAGAAAAUGACCCCACUUCAACCUGCGAUGUCCAUAUUUGUGAACAAUGCUGUGCUGAAUUUUCCAGUAUAACAGACCUAUACCAACAUCAGAAAGACUGUUUGAAAGAUCAGUUAGUUCUAAUAGUCACUGAAAACGAAAGCCUAGAUUCUCCACCUUCUGGCCUCACAAUUAAUUCACCGUUCUUCAACACUGAUGAGCAUUUGGAUGGAGUGACAAGUAAUGACACUACAGAGGAACUUUGUGACUUUUCUAUUGAUGGAACAUCAGUGGAAGUUGACGAAUCCUUACAUACAUUUGAAAACAGCAGUCAUGACAUUGCCAAAAAGUCUCAUUUACAUCACGAUAAUGAAAACAGUGAUAAAGCUGAUGGCUUUAGCUUAGCAUACCCAGCUGUACUACCACAAGAGAAUACCAUACUUGAGUUAUGUAAAUUAUCAUCCAUUAAUAGUAAUGUCUUCAUUGAGAACCUAGAAAACACCAAAGUUGCUGUUGCUCAGUUCUCACAUGAAACAAGUUUAAAUCCAAAGACAAGUUGCAGAAACGCUAGCAACAGUAAAAUGGCUGCAUCUGGUUUGAUUGAGCAGCUGUUAGCACUGCAGCAACAGCAGGUGCAGCAACUAAAACUAAUUGAAGAAAUUCAACUUCAAAUAAUGCUAUUAGCAACCCAAAAUUCUGAUACACCUGUGGCCAUAAACACAUAUGGUGGUCUGUCUCAAACCAAUUCACUGAUAAAACUUAGCUCACACCUCUCUGAACAACUCACAGCCACUGCGGGGCUUGUAGAAAACCUAGCUACUACUGCUAAACAGUCUAAACAUGUUAUUUCACAAAACGCCCAAGAUGGCUUAAAGGGUGAUAAAGGAAACUCCCAAAUGACUGAUGAAAACAGAGGCAACCCUUUGCCAUCGAAUGUUGGUAGUGAUCUGUGUAGUAAUCAGACUUUGCAUGGUAACACAGUCCGUGAUACAGUUGAUGGCAUAGCUAAUUUAAAAAUGCCUUCACAAUCUCCUGCUUCAAUUACAGAUGGGAUUCUAAACAAACUUGAAUUACCCCAUAAACCAAACAGCUUUAAUAUUUCUGCAAACUCCUUGCCUAGUAUUGGGGCAAUUGUGGAGGACCUGAAUGCUUUGUCUGCCCUAGCCCAACAUAGCAAAGCCAAACCCCUCAAUGUGAGUUUAUGUGAACACAAGAGACCAGCUGAAGAUUGUACGUUCAAGCACAAAUGCAGAUUCUGUGCCAAAGUAUUUGGAAGUGAUAGUGCUUUGCAAAUACACCUGCGUUCUCACACUGGAGAGCGACCCUACAAAUGUAACAUAUGUGGAAAUCGGUUUUCCACCCGUGGGAAUCUCAAAGUCCACUUCCAACGUCACAAGGAGAAGUAUCCUAACAUACUAAUGAAUCCUUAUCCGGUUCCAGAGCAUUUAGAUAAGGUCCCAACCAACACAGGUAUCCCAUAUGGCAUGUCUCUGCCUCCUGAGAAGCCUGCUCUUACCUGGUUGGAUAGUAAACCUUUAGUGUGUAACUCACUUGGCUUUAGACUUCCAUCGUCUUUGCAAAGUCUUCCGCACAUCAUUAAAAAAGAGGAGGAAGGGGUAUCAGUAACUAAACCUUAUAGUCCUGGUGUCAGUGAGGUGUGUGAGAGAAGUAAUGGGCAUCAAGAGGGAUUUGGUUGUAGCCCUCCUCUAAUUUCAAAUGAGAAAUUUCAAGAGGUUACACAACCCUUGAGAGUCGCUACCUUACUAAGCUCCUCAGGGGAAGGUUCAAGAGAUGACAUUGGUAUUAAUACCUCGGUCAAUACAAGCUUAAUAACUGAGCUAAAAUCAGAGCAGCUUGAAACCAAAUUUAUUUUUGGAAGUUCUCCAAAUCCUCCUGGAGCAUCUGAGACUUCAAAGCUGGAGCAGUUAGUGGAGAACAUUGAUAAGAAGUCUACUGACCCCAAUGAGUGUGCAAUCUGCCACCGGGUUCUUAGCUGUCAAAGUGCCCUUAAAAUGCAUUACCGCACACAUACCGGAGAAAGGCCAUUCAAAUGCAGAGUGUGUGGACGGGCUUUUACAACCAAGGGCAAUCUCAAGACACACUAUAGCAUUCAUUGUUCCAUGCCACCUCUUAGAAUACAGCAUUCUUGCCCCAUAUGUCAAGAAAAGUUUACAAAUGCAAUGGUUCUACAGCAGCAUAUCCACAUGCAUAUGGGUGGUCACAUUCCUAAUGUCCCAUUGCGUGAUAGCUGUGCAGCACCCAUGGAUCAGGAUGCUGAAUCUGUAGAAGGUAGGACCUUGGAAGAGGAUACCUUGCCCAGUGAGAGCAUGGACUUUAUGGAAGGUGCAUCUGAUACAAAAUACCCGGACUCUUUACCGGACAGUCUAUGUUCUUCACCUGCUUCUUCUGAGUUCACCAGAGCAACUGGGUCAGAGAGUCAGAUUGCAGUUUCGAAUGUGGAAAAUUUGUCAAACGUCAAUAAGUUGACUAUGUGGAAUGGAUCAGUGGAUGGAGAUUGCUUAACCCAGAGAUCAUCUUCACUAGAUAGUGACCAUGAGAGUUUAAGGAGAAGGAUUUCGGCCAACACUGAGAUGACACCCUCUUGGAACCCAUCCUCCCCCAAUGGCUCUGCUUAUGAAAGGCAUGGAAACACUGUAACUGACAGAAACCUGAAAUCUGCUGAAUCAAACAGCUCAAGCCUAAACCCCAAUCUUACAGUGUCUAGGUUACUAGAUGGAGAUAUACCAAAAGAUAGCUUGACCAUGAUUUUUCCCUUUAAUGAGCAGGGAUCCCUGAAGAGCAAUGUUUGUGAUAUCUGCAACAAGUCAUUUGCCUGUCAAAGUGCUUUGGAUAUUCAUUAUCGAAGUCACACCAAAGAGCGCCCAUUUAUCUGCACUGCAUGCGACAGAGGGUUCUCAACCAAAGGUAACCUUAAACAGCACAUGCUUACCCACCAGAUGCACAAUUCACAGUUGUUUGAGCCAGCAAAUCAGAUCCUGAUUUUUUCACCAAACCAGUUUCUACCCUCCAUGGAACCAAUCAUUCCCUCGAAAAGAAUUGAACACAAUGGGCUCACCAAAAAAGAUCCUAAAGAUUCACCCACAGGUAUAGUUAGCUCAACAGCUUCCACAUUACCUGUACUCUCUACAGCAACACCACUUCGGCGAACAGCUAAACAGCACUUCUGCCACACUUGUGGGAAGACCUUCUCUUCUUCAAGUGCACUGCAAAUUCAUGAAAGAACCCACACUGGUGAGAAACCAUUCUCCUGCAACAUAUGUGGACGUGCAUUUACCACUAAAGGAAAUUUGAAGGUUCAUAUGGGAACUCACGUGUGGAGUAGUUCUCCAGCCAGACGAGGUCGCAGACUUUCUGUUGAUGGUCCAUUCCUUAGAUCAAAUUCCGAGCGAUUCCAGGACUCUUCCUCAAAAGAUGUUGUGGGUAAAGAGCGUAAUGGAAAUUCCUUAGGCCUCUGGAGCCAGUAUACCUCUUUCACUAAUAGUUUGGGUGUGAGGACGAAUGAAAUACCUGUAAUUCAAAAUGGUGCCAUACCUCACCUCUCGAUUUCUGCUGGGCAACUGGAAAACAUAGAAAAACUGCAAUUCAACAGAGCUUUACCUUGGCUCGAGAGAUUAAGUGAAAAUGGUGCAACUUUUAAUUUCCGGCAGUUGGUUGAAGACAAUAAAACAACAGUGACAAAUUGAAUUUCGUCUUUUAAGAUGCAAACGCACGCAUUCAAAUGUGAUGCAAUUUCAUGUGUGUUUUUUUUUUUAUUAGGAUUUUUGUACAAGCAUACCCUAUGUAGUGACAUUAAUACAAAUUCUGCUGUUGAUUAACUUUCCCCCGUUAGAGCAGAUCUUCACAACUGAAGUAGUGUUGAUUGUAUUGUAUAAAAAAAUAGUUGUUUUUUGUUGUUUGGUGAGGAACAUAAGUAUUGUUAAUAUGCAGCUAUGACCGUUUAUUUUACAAUUAUUACUUUUUUUUAAUAAUUGAAGGUAUUCAUCAAGCACAUUUGCUAAACUCUUGGUUGUAAUAUAUUUUGUAAUGAGGUACAUUUGUAUUAUUUAAUGGAGAAAUGAAUCCCUAUUUCUAAAUAGUUCACAAAUCUAUUUAUCAAUCAGUGUUUCACGUUAAUAUAAUUUGUGCUUGAAUUAUGUGUUUUUGUAUACGUACAGUAUUUAGAUUAUAAAUGUAAACACUAAACAAUACUAAAACUAUUUAUUUUUAAAUUUUUUACCAUUUUUACUGUUGCAUUCAACGAACUAUUAUGUAUGACAUUAUUUUGUGUUGUGUACUGUAUAUUAUGGCAACCGCAUAAGUUUUCCAUUUUCCCAUUUUAACUCUCACUGCAUUUGGCUUAUACAAAGUACAAAUUUCACUUCCCAUUUGAUUAAAAGGAGUGUGCUUUUGUAAUGUUACUUAAAGUCGUACCAUAUGAGUGUGUAUACCUUCAAGCACCUGUCUCCUCUUUCAUUGAUUUACCUUUAACAAAGAAAUUAUUCUUUCCCUACUUCCACACAAGCAGAAUUCAUGCCCUUUCUCUACUGAUAAAAAUCUAGGUCACCCUGUCUUCUGCAUUUACAUUUCAAUAAACUUACCAAUAAUAACACAUUGUGUAAAUACGCAACGAUCUUUGCCAAAGAAAUAUGAUACUUCUACAACCAAAUAGAAUAAUAGAGGCCAUUCAUCGAGCAGGUACGACUCAUCAGCUCUACCUCAUGUCUGUAAAACACACGGACAGAUGGUCAGCAAUGGUUUUAGCGUUUGUUGUCUGGACUCCUGCUAUGUCUGUUUGAUAGGUGAUAAAAUGUGCUUUUAGCAAAUUGUGAAUGCUGUGGUUAUUAUUACUGUGAUUAUUGUUAAGUGCAAUGAUAUGGCUACUUUUGUAAUUGUAUUUUCCAUAUCUGCCACUCAAAGGUAGCUUAUCUCUACUGAAUCUUGGUCUCUCCAAAUAUUUGUUCCUCAUUUUAUCCAAUAAUUGUAACAAGAAACAAAAUGGGACAUAUGUAAACAGGUGGACCAUUGUGUGCAGAGCUGUGUGGCUGGAGUAUCCCAGCAAGUUCUAUAUCCUCACAGUGAUACAUCCUGCAGAGUUGUUUAGUAUAAAAAAAAAACCAUCUGACUUUGAGGUCUGUUGAGUAAUUAUGUUCAUUGAGUGUCACUUCAAUAAUGCUACAUACCAAAUCCCUCUGUGAAUAAGAUCUGCCCUCUUAACUAUCAGAAUCCAUUAAACACACUUCCCAGAGCAGAGACCAGCUGACGGGAACCCAACACCAUCCCGCCUGCCACCAUUAGCAUUAUAAAAUGAGCAAUCAGCUAGAAUGAAGCUCAAGGGAGUGCAGAGCUCUCCAGAUACAUAUCUGAUUCAA